UGUAAUUAACUUAUAUUUAUCAUGUGUUUUUGUGUGUGAUAUGUGUUAAAAGUUGUGGCCUUUGUAGAAGUACACGGUUAAAAGUUAUGAUAAGCUUUUAUUGCGUUGACUAAGUUAGAUGCAUAGUCCAAAAUCAUGUACAAAGAAUUGCAGGAGUUUUCCUCUAAAAGUAAAGGGGGGAAGUGUGAUUUCUUCUUUACUUUGUCAAACUUGAUUUUAUUCCAAAAAUAGCUUGAUACAAGUGGAAUGCACUUUCAAGACCACCUUAAGCUCUCUAUACUACGUUUUCAUUUCCUUCCUUUUACCUUUUUCUCCCUUUAAUGUAACUACAUGACUAUGACUGGAGCAAUAUCAACUGUUACUCUCAAUGAGUUGGUGGUAUGAGAGAUUUUCUUUACACAUGUACACGUAAGAUUGAAGAAAAAAAAGAAAAAAAAAUUAUGUCAGCAUUUUGGAAUAUGAACUUUGAAGCUGCUCUAUCCAAGACCUUUUUGCAGGUAGGUAUCAACUUUAGUUACCUGGUUAUGUUAAUCAACAUGAUUUUCAAGGCUAAACUCACUAACCUUUAACCUUAUGAUCUUAUUCUUGUCACAACAUGCUAUGUUUCUUUGUAAGCCUGCUUAGUUACUAAACCAAGCUUGAGAUUUAAAGAUGUUCUUAAGGACUCAGUUGUAAUUUGUCAACCCGUAAUAUUCUUUUGCUAGACCAUUAAGAUGGCCAAAAUUCAGUAACGCUAAUUAAUUGGCUUGAUUUUUGCAUGCUCUUACCCAUUUGAACAGUCGUGGCUAUGCUUUCAGUACUGCCCUCUUUUUCUUGGAGCUCAACUUAUUAUAUCCAGCCCAUAUGGUCGAUGCAUAGGGUUUAGGAACUUGAUUUAAGACCUUUUUAUAUAUAUGUGUAUAUAUAUAUAUAUUUAUACACAUAUAUAAUUGUUUGUCAUUAAGUUCCAAUAAAUUUAAUUAAUGAUGGGUUUAAACAUGAUGAGGUUUGUCUGCUUGUAGCACCUUGGUUUGGUCAAUGUUCUGUGGUAAAUUUUGGCAGGGCAUGAGAACUUCCUAAAUAUCAUUUAAUGAGUCUUUUUGUAUUUGUCUUUGUCAUAUUUAUAUAGAAGACAAGUCAUUUGAGAAAUUUGCAACACAUCUAAGCAUUAAAUGCAAUUAAUUAAAUAUGGUAUGGAAAGACAAUGUGAGAUAUGAAAUUAAAUAGGGUCAUAAUUUGUAAUCUGAACACAAUAGGAGUGAUUUAGGAUAAGAAUGGAGAAGGGAACAUGAGAUGGCUAAGGAUGAUUUGGUUGGUAAUACUAGUUGUGCAUAUGGAAAUGUUCAAAAUUUUACUUUUAGAACCCUACUACAACUGUUCUUCUAUUUUAGUUCAUUAGUCAAGAAUAAUCCAGAUUGUGCAGAACCUGCACAAAUUGAGUGAGUGUUUUCAUCUCUGAAUCGGAGGACUGCAAGAUGUGGAAGUACUUGGACUACCUGAAGUAUCCAAGUAGCUCAAUUACUUCUCAGUUUUGUUUCAAUAUCAUGGAUUAGGUUCCUUUUGAGUUGUUAGCAAUUUUCUUUUCUUUUUGCCAGUUUGCUAGCUUUUCUAGUGCAAACUCUUCUGUUUGAAACACUUCCAUUUCACUUAGUUCUUAGGCCUCGUAAAUUUUUUCAAUGCAUCUAAUUUAUUUUCUAUGCCUUUUUUCUUCUCCUAGGUUUCUAAUGCCUUUUAAUUAGUCAGUUGCUAAAAUCUAUACUUGCAGUUGUAUCUGUGAGGAUUACCCUAUUUUCAAAAGCUAAAGAGUUCAGUUACUUAUGGAAGAUUUUCAAGAAAAUUUGUCUCCUUCCUCCUCUUUAUCCUCUUCCUUCUCUCUACCCACCCCAGACCCAUUGUCAAUUGAUGCUGAGCUCUGGCUGAUGGGAGAGCAAAGAACCCAAGAGAUAUUAUGUAUCAUCCAACCAAACAUAGUUUCUGAUAAGAAGAGAAAGGAGGUCAUUAAUUAUGUGAGGAGGCUAAUUAAUGGACAUUUUGGAACAGAGGUUUUAUCAUUUGGGUCAGUCCCUCUGAAGACCUAUCUUCCUGAUGGGGAUAUUGAUUUGACUACUUUCAGCUAUCAAAACUUGGUAGAGGAUUUAGCCAAAGAAGUGUGCAAUAUACUCAAACGUGAAGAAGACUCAGAAUUCCAAGUUAAAGAUGUUCAAUACAUUAAUGCACAGCAGGUUAAGGUUGUGAAAUGCACUGUGAAAGAUAUAGCAGUGGAUAUCUCUUUCAAUCAAGUAGCUGGCCUCUGCACUCUCUGCUUCAUGGAGCAGGUUGAUCAGCUUAUGGGGAAGGACCAUCUAUUUAAACGCAGUAUUAUCUUGGCCAAAGCAUGGCUCUAUUAUGAGAGCCGAAUUCUCGGUGCGCAUCAUGGUUUGAUUUCAACCUAUGCACUGGAAACGUUGGUCUUGUAUAUCGUCAAUCUCUUUCAUGCAUCACUACGUGGUCCUUUAGAGGUACUGUAUAGAUUUUUGGAGUACUAUAGCACAUUUGAUUGGGAUAAUUACUGUGUCACUAUAAACGGUCCUGUUGCAUUGUCUUCCCUUGCUGAAAUCAUGACUGAGAGAACAGAAGGUGAUGAUGAUAAAUUACUUAGUAAGGAGUUUCUGAAAAACUGCAGAGAUAUGUUUUCAAUUCCAAUAAGGGCAAGUGAGGCUGAAGUGCAUGAAUUCCCAAUUAAGCGACUCAACAUUUUAGAUCCUCUAAAUGACAACAACAAUCUAGGUCGUAGUGUUAGUAAAGGUAAUUUCCAUCGGAUUAUAUGUGCUCUUUCACAUGGAACUCAAAGGCUUGGAGAGAUACUCGUGCUACCAGGAGUAGGCCUGGGUGAAGGACUCGAGGAGUUCUUUAAGAACACUUUGGACAGAAAUGGAAGGGGAGAAAGGCCAGAUAUCCAAGCUCCUGUUCCUGCAUUUGGUACUGGAAGAUGUGAACUUUAUGACCUCAGUGGAGACUAUGACAGUUACUAUGGUGGUUUACAGUACACACAGUGGUACCAUGAUUAUUUCAUAACUAUUUCUAUGCAGUCGAAUCAAACCCUUUCUUAUGUGUGGAAUGAGAGUACCCUGUCCUGGACAGUGCAGCCCAACCAGAAUGGAUUUCAAAGAAGGGGUACAGAAGCAUUUGUCCCAAGAAUGCCGCUUUAUCAUCCUAAUUUGUCACUACUACCUGCUGCAACUUUUAGUACUUCUAUAAUGGGGAAAUCAAGAGGAACAGGAACAUACAUUCCUGACAUGACUCGUUAUCUCUACAAAGAUAUUUAUAAGAAGCCGUGGAAAAGGACUCCAGAACCUGCACGACAUAGUCUUCCUCUGAAAUCAACCCAAAAGAGUGAUGAUAACAACAAGCCCUCCGAAAAGGAUAAGGGUAAAAGCAGUAGCCCACUUGAUCUUUCGCUGGAAGAAUUCCCAUUCCUUCCAGGCACCUCGAAUACCAUUCAAUCAGAAAUCCCUCAGCCUGUUGUGCUCGCCUUGAAUUCUUCUCCAGCCAAACAUUCAUCUCCCACCUUUAGAAACAUCGAGUCUGGGUCUUUAAGGCAUUCACCAUCACCAUCAGGACUGCAUUCCCAAUUAGCAUGCGAGCAGACAGAUUCAGUUAUAUCUGUCCUGAGAGUUGAGAAGCAACAAGAGUUAUCGGGGAAUGAAGUGGUGAUUCCUGUAAAACCUUACGAACUGGAAGCUGAAAAAGAUUUCCCGCCUUUGGCAUGUAUCAUCUCAAAGAAGGGAAAUACAGAUAGAACAGAAGAAGCAGGGCUUGAAAAGAUAAUUGGUUUGACUCAACCUAAAGUUCUAUCCCAAAAUUAAGGCUGACAUGAGAAGAGAAAAAUACAUUUUGUCAAUCUAUCUUCUGUUUGGCUCUUUCUUUCUUUUCUUCAUUCUAAACCAUAGCCCUUUCUCAAAAGACAUAAACUACAUUGUGGGAGGACAAAUAACUCAUCUUUGAUAAGAUGGGUUAAACUGUACCUUUAAAAUCCAUUACUUUGUUUAUUUUU